AUUCCGGGUCGGCCGGCAGAGGAUACUGACUCCCAGCGCUCCCAGCCAGCGCCCGCCAUUCACAUCACAGCCGCGAGAUGACAGCUCCCGAGAUCCAUGAGGAUGAACUGGAGGAGCUCCUUAUCUACGAAGACCUUUUCUGGGAGUAUUUUAACGACUUCCUGAGCCUCCCGGCCUUCCCCGUGAGACUGACGUACAAUCGUUUGACUGGGAACGUCCAGGAAUUGGAUGAUCUCCUGCAGGAGAAGCCGGUGGGUUACGGGGCCGAUGACCUGCAGAGAGAGAGGACUCUGUCGUGGCUGCGGAAAGAGAGGCUGCCUCUAUUUAGGAAGUCCCCCCUAUUCCUGGAGUAUAAAUUAGCCAAGUUACUGCUGCGGCCCCUGGAGGCCCCUCGUUCACUGAGUCGUUACAGAAUCCAUGGGUACAGUCGCCAGUCAAACAGUACGGCCUUAUCCUCUCUAACCAGCAACCCCCCCACCGCCAGCCACCAUCCCCGAGCCCCCCACGGCCCCCCAGAACGCGAAGCGACUCCCAGGAUGCCCAGCCGCGCGCGGAGCUCGCCCGCCGCAACAGGUUACUCGUCAGAGGCGUACAGCCUGUGGCUUCUGGAGCAAUAUGGGGAUGUGAUCGGCCGUCUCUGGGGGGCUUUGGACACAGAGGUUCCGUCGCUGGGAGAGAGCGAAAUGAUACCCGACGGCGAGGAGUCCCGCGGGGCGCAGCCUCCAGCCAUCCCAUGCUCUGAGGAUACGGAGACCGUCGGGUAUGGCUGAGAGUAGUAGUAGUAGUAGUAAUUGUCAUUCUACAU